AUGUAUGCCAAGUUUGAAUAUGAUCUGCGAAUGUCACGGCUUGACGAACCCAAGAUCCAGAAGGCUGCCAUUGCUGUGGUACUUCGCAGCAUGGAAGGAGGAGACAAGAUUAACUUCCCAAAUAUGGACGCAGUAGACAGGCAUAUGCUGGCAAGGAACAACAUCCCUCUGGAGAUCGACCAGUUGAAAGAGCUGUUACAGGUUAACUUCUCAAGACUAGGAAUGAACAUCGACUUCCUAGAACUCAAAAGGGUAAGUGACUCGUCAAGGCACGCGGAGGGAUAUCCGUACGAGGCAACCUCGGGAGCGGGCACGCAGACGCCGGCGGCCAGCUGCAGGAGAAGUCGUGUGCCCAGCGAACUGAUCCACGCGACGAAGUACAGAUCUGCGACCUCGUCAGGUCCACGACCGCUUCCCCUGCGCUGCUCUGUACUCCCUCCACCCAGCCUUCUGCCCGACCUCAAGCCGCCCUACUGGACCGCAGCACUGCCUCCACCCAGCCUUUUGCCCGACCUCAAGCCGCCCUACUGGACCGCAGCACUCCCUCCACCCAGCCUUUUGCCCGACCUCAAGCCACCCUACUGGACCGCAGCACUCCCUCCAUCCAGCCUUUUGCCCGACCUCAAGCCACCCUACUGGACCGCAGCACUCCCUCCAUCCAGCCUUUUGCCCGACCUCAAGCCACCCUACUGGACCGCAGCACUCCCUCCACCCAGCCUUUUGCCCGACCACAAGCCACCCUACUGGACCGCAGCACUCCCUCCACCCAGCCUUUUGCCCGACCUCAAGCCACCCUACUGGACCGCAGCACUCCCUCCACCCAGCCUUUUGCCCGACCUCAAGCCACCAUACUGGACCGCAGCACUCCCUCCACCCAGCCUUUUGCCCGACCUCAAGCCACCCUACUGGACCGCAGCACUCCCUCCAUCCAGCCUUUUGCCCGACCUCAAGCCACCCUACUGCACCGCAGCACUCCCUCCAUCCAGCCUUUUGCCCGACCUCAAGCCACCCUACUGGACCGCAGCACUCCCUCCAUCCAGCCUUUUGCCCGACCUCAAGCCACUCUACUGGACCGCAGCAGUCCCUCCACCCAGCCUUUUGCCCGACCUCAAGCCACCCUACUGGACCGCAGCACUCCCUCCACCCAGCCUUUUGCCCGACCUCAAGCCACCCUACUGGACCGCAGCACUCCCUCCACCCAGCCUUUUGCCCGACCUCAAGCCACUCUACUGGACCGCAGCAGUCCCUCCACCCAGCCUUUUGCCCGACCUCAAGCCACUCUACUGGACCGCAGCAGUCCCUCCACCCAGCCUUUUGCCCGACCUCAAGCCACUCUACUGGACCGCAGCAGUCCCUCCACCCAGCCUUUUGCCCGACCUCAAGCCACCCUACUGGACCGCAGCACUCCCUCCAUCCAGCCUUUUGCCCGACCUCAAGCCACCCUACUGGACCGCAGCACUCCCUCCACCCAGCCUUUUGCCCGACCUCAAGCCACCCUACAGGACCGCAGCACUCCCUCCAUCCAGCCUUUUGCCCGACCUCAAGCCACCCUAUUGGACCGCAGCACUCCCUCCACCCAGCCUUUUGCCCGACCUCAAGCCACCCUACUGGACCGCAGCACUCCCUCCAUCCAGCCUUUUGCCCGACCUCAAGCCACCCUACUGGACCGCAGCACUCCCUCCAUCCAGCCUUUUGCCCGACCUCAAGCCACCCUACUGGACCGCAGCACUCCCUCCAUCCAGCCUUUUGCCCGACCUCAAGCCACCCUACUGGACCGCAGCACUCCCUCCAUCCAGCCUUUUGCCCGACCUCAAGCCACCCUACUGGACCGCAGCACUCCCUCCACCCAGCCUUUUGCACGACCUCAAGCCACCCUACUGGACCGCAGCACUCCCUCCACCCAGCCUUUUGCCCGACCUCAAGCCACCCUACUGGACCGCAGCACUCCCUCCACCCAGCCUUUUGCCCGACCUCAAGCCACCCUACUGGACCGCAGCACUCCCUCCACCCAGCCUUCUGCCCGACCUCAAGCCACCCUACUGGACCGCAGCACUCCCUCCACCCAGCCUUCUGCCCGACCUCAAGCCACCCUACUGGACCGCAGCACUCCCUCCACCCAGCCUUCUGCCCGACCUCAAGCCACCCUACUGGACCGCAGCACUCCCACCACCCAGCCUUCUGCCCGACCUCAAGCCACCCUACUGGACUGCAGCACUCCCUCCACCCAGCCUUUUGCCCGACCUCAAGCCACCCUACUGGACCGCAGCACUCCCUCCAUCCAGCCUUUUGCCCGACCUCAAGCCACCCUACUGGACCGCAGCACUCCCUCCACCCAGCCUUCUGCCCGACCUCAAGCCACCCUACUGGACCGCAGCACUCCCUCCACCCAGCCUUCUGCCCGACCUCAAGCCACCCUACAGGACCGCAGCACUCCCUCCACCCAGCCUUCUGCCCUACCUCAAGCCACCCUACUGGACCGCAGCACUCCCUCCAUCCAGCCUUUUGCCCGACCUCAAGCCACCCUACUGGACCGCAGCACUCCCUCCACCCAGCCUUUUGCCCGACCUCAAGCCACCCUACUGGACCGCAGCACUCCCUCCACCCAGCCUUUUGCCCGACCUCAAGCCACCCUACUGGACCGCAGCACUCCCUCCACCCAGCCUUCUGCCCGACCUCAAGCCACCCUACUGGACCGCAGCACUCCCUCCACCCAGCCUUUUGCCCGACCUCAAGCCACCCUACUGGACCGCAGCACUCCCUCCACCCAGCCUUUUGCCCGACCUCAAGCCACCCUACUGGACCGCAGCACUCCCUCCACCCAGCCUUCUGCCCGACCUCAAGCCACCCUACUGGACCGCAGCACUCCCUCCACCCAGCCUUUUGCCCGACCUCAAGCCACCCUACUGGACCGCAGCACUCCCUCCACCCAGCCUUCUGCCCGACCUCAAGCCACCCUACUGGACCGCAGCACUCCCUCCACCCAGCCUUCUGCCUGACCUCAAGCCACCCUACUGGACCGCAGCACUCCCACCACCCAGCCUUCUGCCCGACCUCAAGCCACCCUACUGGACCGCAGCACUCCCUCCACCCAGCCUUUUGCCCGACCUCAAGCCACCCUACUGGACCGCAGCACUCCCUCCACCCAGCCUUUUGCCUGACCUCAAGCCACCCUACUGGACCGCAGCACUCCCUCCACCCAGCCUUCUGCCCUACCUCAAGCCACCCUACUGGACCGCAGCACUCCCUCCACCCAGCCUUUUGCCCGACCUCAAGCCACCCUACUGGACCGCAGCACUCCCUCCACCCAGCCUUCUGCCCGACCUCAAGCCACCCUACUGGACCGCAGCACUCCCUCCACCCAGCCUUCUGCCCGACCUCAAGCCACCCUACUGGACCGCAGCACUCCCUCCACCCAGCCUUUUGCCCGACCUCAAGCCACCCUACUGGACCGCAGCACUCCCUCCACCCAGCCUUUUGCCCGACCUCAAGCCACCCUACUGGACCGCAGCACUCCCUCCACCCAGCCUUUUGCCCGACCUCAAGCCACCCUACUGGACCGCAGCACUCCCUCCACACAGCCUUCUGCCCGACCUCAAGCCACCCUACUGGACCGCAGCACUCCCUCCACCCAGCCUUUUGCCCGACCUCAAGCCACCCUACUGGACCGCAGCACUCCCUCCACCCAGCCUUCUGCCCGACCUCAAGCCACCCUACUGGACCGCAGCACUCCCUCCACCCAGCCUUUUGCCCGACCUCAAGCCACCCUACUGGACCGCAACACCGGCCGGCACUGCGAGGCCCCCGACAGACACCGGCCGGCACUGCGAGGCCCCCCGACAGACACCGGCCGGCACUGCGAGGCCCCCCGACAGACACCGGCCGGCACUGCGAGGCCCCCCGACAGACACCGGCCGGCACUGCGAGGCCCCCCGACAGACACCGGCCGGCACUGCGAGGCCCCCCGACAGACACCGGCCGGCACUGCGAGGCCCCCCGACAGACACCGGCCGGCACUGCGAGGCCCCCCGACAGACACCGGCCGGCACUGCGAGGCCCCCGACAGACACCGGCCGGCACUGCGAGGCCCCCCGACAGACACCGGCCGGCACUGCGAGGCCCCCCGACAGACACCGGCCGGCACUGCGAGGCCCCCCGACAGACACCGGCCGGCACUGCGAGGCCCCCCGACAGACACCGGCCGGCACUGCGAGGCCCCCCGACAGACACCGGCCGGCACUGCGAGGCCCCCCGACAGACACCGGCCGGCACUGCGAGGCCCCCCGACAGACACCGGCCGGCACUGCGAGGCCCCCCGACAGACACCGGCCGGCACUGCGAGGCCCCCCGACAGACACCGGCCGGCACUGCGAGGCCCCCCGACAGACACCGGCCGGCACUGCGAGGCCCCCCGACAGACACCGGCCGGCACUGCGAGGCCCCCCGACAGACACCGGCCGGCACUGCGAGGCCCCCCGACAGACACCGGCCGGCACUGCGAGGGCCCCCGACAGACACCGGCCGGCACUGCGAGGCCCCCGACAGACACCGGCCGGCACUGCGAGGCCCCCCGACAGACACCGGCCGGCACUGCGAGGCCCCCCGACAGACACCGGCCGGCACUGCGAGGCCCCCCGACAGACACCGGCCGGCACUGCGAGGCCCCCGACAGACACCGGCCGGCACUGCGAGGCCCCCGACAGACACCGGCCGGCACUGCGAGGCCCCCGACAGACACCGGCCGGCACUGCGAGGCCCCCGACAGACACCGGCCGGCACUGCGAGGCCCCCGACAAACACAUGACGGCACUGCGAGGCCCCCGACAGACACCGGCCGGCGCUGCGCGGCCCCCGACAGACACCAGCCGGCACUGCGAGGCCCCCGACAGCGACCCGCCCGAGCGCCGUUACGCUUCGCAGUUCCCAGCCUCGGGCAAACACCGCUGCAAUUACAGAAACGUGCGCGCCGAGAUGGCAAGUAAAAACCGCUGCUGGGACGGCGGGGGCGGGGGUAACGUGGAAUUAUAA